ACAUUUUAAAUGCCAUUUAAACGGUGCCAUGGCGGAAAAUUAAUAUCGCGGCAGAAAUGACACGCGCCGGAGUGCGAUACGGGUAAUCGGAUGAUUGACAGCAAUUGAACAUUUCGAGUAUUUUGUUUGUGAACGAAAGGACUUUCCAUAUAUAUUUUGGGACCUCCUAAACGGGCCCCAUGUAAUGCCCGAGCUAAGAUAAUGAUCCGUCCCCAAUUAAACUAGAAAUUGCCAUGCAAAGCCGCCUACCCCUCCCUGGGAUGCGGGGGGGCCAGGGAACGAAGCAGCUCGGGGCACUUAGGCCUGGAAAGCCAUGAAUAUUACAAGUGAAAUAUGUUUUGGCAUGCAUAUUUAAUGCCCAUCAAAAUACGGCAACGGCAGAGGCAGUGGCAGAGGCAGCGGCCUGUAUAUGAAAACUAUGUGAAAACCCGUACGAACCAUUUUAAACGCCAUCAAUUUCAAUUUUCCAAAUUAAAUGCGUGGCGAAGCGCAGGCCUGCCUGGAGGGGAUGAUUAAUAAUUCAUUACGUUGCCAGAGCCAACGCUAGAGCCAGUGCCAGAGCCAUGGCCAAUGGCAGUAGCAAUGACAUAAGCCCAAAGCAAAUGCCGCCAAGUUCAACAACUUGACUGCGACCGACGGACCACCAGCGACCAGCAGACGAGCGCCGCUUAGGGAAAAUCUCACAGCGAAAGAGAAAGAAAACCGCCGAAAUGAAAAUGCCAAGGCAGGCGAAGCAGGCACUUAGGAAAAAUCAUCAUACGACUCGGUUAUCGGUUGAAAUCAAACAGCCCCGACAAGCUGAAGUGCCUUUUGGAGGAGGCUAGGUGGCUGGGGGGCCUGCAGUGAGCCCCAAACAGGCUUGACGACUUCGGCAUCCUCGGGGCCGUCAAAUGUUUCGCUUGGCUUUUUAUUUGUCGCUUGGAAUUUGUCAGGCGGGGUUAUUCACACUGCCAGACCAUGCCAGACCACGGGAGACCCCCUCCCCCCACUCAACUCUUUCCAUUUCCGCAACUUCCUUUCAGCAGCAGCGCCAUGUGGCAGAAGCAACAACAGAAACCCCUGCUAGCAGCGACUCUCAUUGGCAUUUGCUCCGUGCUGGCCAGCAUCCAGCCGACUAGCUCCACCGGCGACCUGCCACAGCCGCUCCAGCCACCCACGCAGCCCCCGCAGAAUGUGGCAACGGCGACGGAGGGAGCGGGGCGGGUGGUGCGACUGGAGAACGAUGACGAGGCCCUGAGUGACAGCGCCAAGGAGCUUAAUAAGCAGGCAGCCGGGACGGGCAGCGGCCUGGAGGUCAUCGAGGAUUUGAACUACGGCAGUGAGGUGGACAUAGAGGAGGACACAGACUCGGCGGCAACCACUACGCCCCCUGAAAAGCAGGAGGAGUUCGUGGGAGUGCCUGGCUUCCUGCCCACCGUCCUGCCACCGCCCACGAAUGGGCAUGGCUACAUCCAGUUCGAGAUCAACGACGAGAUGCCAGUGGAGGCUGUCCGUCGCCGGAGACCCAUCGAGCAGACCGUGACCCAGUCCAGGACGGAGACUGUCAACGAGGUCCUGUCCAAUCUGUUCCCCAACGGCUUCUCGGACAUCUUCCGCUUCAGCGGCAGGGACACGAGCACAAACACAGAGCCAGCGACCACCACAGCCACCACCACCAACAAGGCAGUGGUGCGGCCCACCGUUGACGCCGCAGCCGCAACCACAGAGGCCACAAGCCCAAGCACUGAGGCCGCAGCCACAGCCACAGAGCCCGUAACAGUCCCCGUCACCGCCAUUCCAGAGGAGAGGAACCAAACGUACUUCAGCUACCAAACGACAGUCACCAAGGAGUACCGCCGGGAGCUGCGUCCGGGCCACACCGAGAUCGUCGUGGAGAAGAUCACCAGAAGCGAGCCGUCGGGUGGGGAGCAUCCCUUCCGGGAUGGCAGCAACCACAUCUCGCGGGACGAGCUGCUCCGCAUCAACCGGGCAGCGGUGGCGGCCCCCGUGCUGCCCAGCCUCCUGCUCCUCCCGGAGAGCGACGACAAUGAGACGCUGGUGGCGGCCGAGAGCGCGCCCAUCGUCAUCCUUGGCGAGCACGAAACGGAGCUGGACGAGGGCCAGGACUUCGAGGACAACCAGAUAGCAGAGACCCGUCAUGCGGCAAGAGGCGUUUACCAGCAGCGGCUGCCCCCGCCGGCCUCCCACAACGGCAUCGAGAGCUACACGAAUCGAAAGGGACCCGGCCAGGAGCAGGAGAUCAACGUGCACAUCGUCCACGACGACACUCUGGCCAAGGCACAAGAAGGGGGGGAAAAGCCGCAGGCCCAGCAAUCCCUGGACCAUUACCAGAGAUUCCCAGCUCCCACCCAGGAGGCACCCUCUCGACAGUUCCUCAAGAGCUUCAAUCCGAUCAUAUCGGGCAGCGGCGAUGGCCCGAUAGCCAAGGGAACAUUCCACUACGAGGCCGGAAGUCCUCCGCAGUUGCCGAGCCCUCGGCCACAGCAGGAGGCGGACUACGCCGCCCACUUUGUGCGACCUGCUGGCCAGUUGUCCUAUCAACAGGAAUACAGUCAUGGUAUCCCACAGCUCCCACAGCUCCCACAGCUCCCGGAGUCUCCGCAGUUCCCAGAGCCACUGCAACAGCAGCACUAUCAGCAGGAGCUGCACACACAGGCGAUACCCUCGGCAGCGGCUCCUCCCCAGUCCCAGCCGCCCCCAGAGCUGCAGCACUACUCGGCUUACGGUGGGCCAACGCCCAAUAGUCUGGUCUUUGUGACCCUCAACACUCCCCCACCACCAGCCCCCCCACAAGCCGCAUCCUCGCCAGCUCCUGCUCAGGCGAGUGCGUCGCAGGAUGCAGCCGUUGAGAUCACAGUCCAUCACCCGGCCCCACAUGAGUACGAGGCGGCAGCCGAGCCUUCCCAGCAGCACGUCCGGCACGUCGCCCCCCCUCACCACAAGCCCGACCAGCGGGCCCCAGUCGAGAGCAAGCCGAAUGGCUACACCUUCGUGGAGGUGCAGAAGUCCGUGAACAUCCACAACAAGCUGAUCACGGAGAAGGACGGCCGCCUCGUGGAGCAGCACGAGACCAUCUACCACCAGCCCUAUGAGCAGAAUCAGAACCACCUGUCGCCCUUAUCAGCCCCAGCCACGGCUCCGGGGAAAGGCUACCCCUCGCUGACCACCAACCCCAUCAACGUGGAGCAGGCGGAGCACGAGAGUUCGCCGCAAGAGGUGGCCAUCUCCCACGCCGAAAUCAAUCAGGAGACGGGUCACCAUUCAGCGCCUGGCCAUCAGUUCGAGGCCAUUCACCCGCCAUCCCACUCCGUGCCCGAGUUUCACCCCCCGCAGCACUAUCACGAGCACCCUCCCCACGAUGUGGCUGUUGUGGAGAAGGUCGUACCCCAGCCCUAUCUGGUGGAGAAGCAUGUCGAUCGACCCGUCAAGCAGUUCGUGGAGAAACACAUUCCCGUGCCGUACGCCGUGCACCAGCCGGUGCCGGUGCCUGUCCACGUCGAGCACUACGUGGAUCGGCCCUACCCUGUGCCGACCAUUGUCGAGCAUCCCGUCCCCUACCCCGUGGAGACCGUGGUGGAGAAGAUUGUGGAGAAGCACGUGCCGGUGGAGGUGGAGCGGAUUGUGGAACGCCCCGUCGAGGUGGAGAAGAUCGUGGAGAAGUUUGUGGAUCGCCCCAUGGCCAUACCCAUCCACGUGCCCGUCGCCAUCCACAUGCCCAUGCCGCCGUCCCUCUCCCCGCACUCGUUUGGUGGGCACCACCAUCCCAACGCCCUGCACCCCUGGUCGCACUCGGUGGCGGCCCACAUUCCGCCCAAAGUGCUGCAGAACUACUACAACCGCAUGCUGAAGAAACUCCUGCCCCAGAUCACCCAGUCCCAGACCCAGUCUCAGUCCCAGUCCAAGGCCACCCAGUCCAAGUCUCCCGUGAAGCCUCCGGUGAAACCAGUGCGAGGCGAGGCUCCUCCGGUGGCGACCUUCAGCCUGGCGGAUAUGCGCUUCGAUUUGCGUCCCCCGCCGCCGCCGCAGGGCUCGCCGUGGCUGCAGGGCGCCCGCUACAUCUACAACACCCUGCCGGCAGAUCUGGCCACUGCCGCCGCCUCGGCGCCCGCCCAAAUGGUCAAGUCGUACAUUGGACCCGUUCCAGGAUCGGCGAAUGCGGGCUCCGAACCGUCGACGGGUAUCGAGUUCGACGAGUUCCAGCGCUGGCGAAAUGGCCACUCGCUGAAGCGCAGCCCCGACUUCGGACGCAAUCUGCACAUGGAGUACGGGUUCAAGCCCCCGCUGGUGCCGUCCAUGGAGAUCGACGACAAGGGGAAUCCCCUCAAGCAGGAGCCAGAGGCAGAGACGCGGUGAGGAGGAGGUGCGGAAGGUGCAGGAAGAGCAGAAAUGCGGAAAAAGUGUGCCAAAACAUAUAGAGCUAUAGUAAUAGUAGUUAUUAUAUAUGUAUUUAUAUCACGUAUUUAAAAUAACGCACUUAAUAAAGUAUAUAUAC